CUUUUCUUCCUCAGAAACCUGCAGAGCCUCAAUCUUGCCUUGAAUGAUUUUAGGCUUUCCAAGAUUCCACCAGAAAUCAAAAUCUUGUUCACAACUUGAGUGAGGUGAGAGAACUUGUGCUUAGUGGAGUGAACAUGGCAUCUGUUAAUCCUCGUUUCUUCAUGAAUCUCUCUUCUUCAUUGACUACUCUUGAUCUCUUGAGGAGUGCAUUAAGAGGAAACUUUCCAAACAGUAUUUUCCGCUUUCCAAAUCUCAAGAAUUUUUAUUUAAGUGGAAACUGGAACCUCACUAUUGAUCUUCCAAGUUCCAAUUGGAGCAGUCCUCUCCAACAGUUGUAUUUAGGUUAUAUGGAUUGCGGAAGGCGAUUGGCAGAGUCUAUAGAUCUAAAGUCAUUACAGUCUCUGGGUCUUUUUUACUACAACUUGGAAGGUUCCAUUCCAACUUCCAUAGGGAACUUAUCUAAACUUACUUACCUAAGCCUCUAUUCUAACAAUCUCAGCGGACAAAUCCCAUCAUCACUUGCAAACCUCACCCAACUUACCUCUCUUGACCUUUCCUAUAAUCAGUUUUCUGGUCCCAUUCCAGCUUCCAUAGAAGCCGACAUGUUCUCAGCGCUUCAAAAUCUGGAAACCAUCUUUCUUUCAGACAAUAAUCUGUCCUUGAGAAUGAAUGUCAAUGCCAACUUCACAUUACCCAUGCUAACUGAUGUUUCCUUUUCUUCUUGUAACUUGAGUGAAUUCCCCAAUUUCAUAAGACAUUCAAAUGGUCUGCAAAGCCUAGUGCUAUCCAAAAAUAGCAUUCAUGGAAAUAUUCCCGAAUGGAUAUGUGGAAAGGAUGAUCUCAAAAUUCUUGACCUUUCUCAUAACAAUUUAAUCGGGGAGAUUCCAAAUUGUCUUCCUAAGUCUCUCUCAGUGUUGAAUUUGCAGGCCACAAUUCUUGACCUUUCUCAUAACAAUUUAAGCGGGAAGAUUCCAAAUUGUCUUCCUAAGUCUCUCUUAGUGUUGAAUUUGCAGGGCAAUAACUUUGAUGGAAAUAUGCGAUUUGGGUUUCCAGAGGACUGUGGAUUACGAAAUCUCAACUUACGUGGAAAUCAAAUGGACGGCUUAUUACCAAGGUCUUUGGUGAAUUGUAGCAUGUUAGAGGUUCUAGACGUUGGCAACAACAACAUAGAGGACACAUUCCCUCAUUGGUUGGAAUCUCUACCAGACCUUCAAGUGCUUGUCUUAAGGUCCAACAAAUUCCAUGGUUCUGUGCUGAGCACCAAAGAAAGUCCAUCUUUUCCCAAGUUACGAGUUCUGGACCUCUCCAGCAAUGAUUUUCUUGGUCCUUUGCCUCUUCGGUACAUGGAAAAUUUUAAAGCGAUUAUGGACCCUUAUGGAGAGGAUGGUUCCCCUGAAUACAUGAAUGUGUGGACGGGAGCGGGAGCCAAUUCUUAUCAAUAUUCACUGGUUGUGACAUGGAAGGGAUCCGAGCGUGAGCUGCAGGGAAUCUUGACCGUAUUCAGUAGUAUUCAUCUCUCAAAUAACAAGUUUGAGGGAGAAAUUCCAGAUGUUAUUGGAAAGCUUAGUUCUCUCAAAGGGCUUAAUCUUUCUCAUAACAACCUUACUGGUCAUAUCCCACUGUCACUAGGGAAUUUGACGAAUCUGGAAUGGUUGGAUCUCUCUUCCAACGAGCUGGUGGGGAAAAUUCCUGAUGAAUUGGUUUCUUUGACACAACUCUCUGUAUUGAAUCUUUCAAAUAAUCAUCUCGUUGGGCGCAUACCACAGGGCAGUCAGUUCAACACCUUUGGAAAUGGUUCUUAUGAAGGAAACCUUGGACUGUGUGGAUUCCCAUUGUCAAAAUCUUGUGAUGGAAUUGGGACACCACCGAGCUCCUUCCAAGAAAAAGAUGAGUUGUGGAGAUUUGGCUGGAGGGUUGUGGUGUUAGGCUAUGGAUGUGGAGUUGUUUUUGGACUGCUGAUGGGAUAUCUUGUCUUCCGAACAGGAAAACCAAAAUGGUUUGCGUCUUUCUUUGAUGGCCGAUCAAGUCAAAGUGGAAGGAAGAUGAGGAAAGCCAGAAGACUUGUUCAAAGAAGAAGCUAGUUGCAGAGUUGAUGUUUUGGAGCUUCUGAUUUAAUGUUUCCUAAAUAAGAGCUUUUCGGGUUUGAAGUUCUUGUUAUGGUUGGCAUUGGCUUGUCUAAAAUUGUCAGCCUUCUUUUGUUUUUAUUAUGCUUUGUAAUUUUAUCUUUCUUUAUUGUAAAAUAUAUUUGAAGGUUAAUC